GACACCCGGCUUCUGUUAGCCAGCUUCCUUGAUCGAUCUUUCGGCUACUCGGAGUCGACGGCGACACUCGAUAUUUGCAAUAGAACUACAGCGAAUGCCAGGGUCUAGACAGGCAUGCAUAAGGCAUGCCUACCAUACGAUUCCGAAGGGGGAAUCUAACUAUUUCGAUGCUCGCCACGUUUUGAUAUCGAAGUCCUCAUGUAUUCUUACAUCGGAUACUCCCGCAGUGCAGCCCUCAUAGCCGUGGUACAGGGUGCAACACGUUGGUUCUGGCCGAAAGCGCUCGCCACGGACCCAAUCACUUAAACGCCCAGUAGCCGUUAUCCAUCUCUUUACGAUCGCACGCGAAGGAAGAUGUCUGAUAGCCACGACUCCACAGACACGACAGGGAAUAAAUAUUCACAGCAGGGUCAUCAAGGUCGGCCGCGUAACGUGGUACUCUAUGGGGAGAGUGGGGUAGGCAAAAGCUCGCUCAUAAACCUUAUCAUGGGUCGUGAUGCAGCGAAAACAUCUCCUGAUGCCCUCGCAUGUACUACUACACAUGCUCCGUAUGAUGUAACGAUCAGCGGGCAACACUUCAGGCUGUGGGAUACAGCAGGGUUAAAUGAGGGCUCAGAAGGCACAGUGCCUGCGGUGAUGGCUGAGAGGAACUUGACUGCGUUCCUCCGAGGUCUUAACCAGGAAGACGGUGUCCAUCUUCUUAUAUAUUGUGUGCGCGGAACGCGAGCAACGAAGGCUCUGCAGACUCACUACAAGAUAUUCUCGACAGUUAUCCGUGAUAGCAAAGUGCCCACGAUCAUUGUGGUGACGUGCCUGGAAGACUUCCGUCCUGUGAUGGCAGAGUGGUGGAAUGAGAACAUGGACGAGCUUGCAACGUAUGGAAUGCAAUUCUCUGGAUAUGCUUGCGUCACCACUUUGAAGGAUGAACCCACAGAGUCCCCGGAUAUUCACCAACGUCAUGCACAGUCCUACAAUGAUGUCUGCAGAAGCAUCCUAGACCAUUGUUCGCAGACUCCUCACAAAACGUGGGGCACCGAUACUAUCAAAGAUCAGCGAAGCUUCCUCGCGAUCUUGCUGCAGAAGUUAGCUCGUUUUGUUGGAGGAGCUCACCGUGAUCAGGAUGCCUUAAAAGCAUCGUUGUCGUAGCUAAUUCCUGUACAAACGAUUUCUGUGGCGUGAAAUGACUGUUGGCUCCACAGUAGUACUACUAGUAGUGAUAUCAAACUUCUACCACUUACCCAAUUCUUUCGUACUUAGCAUCACGAAAUGCCUGCAUGACUCUCGGAUGAUACCCGAAUAGCAGAAUUCAAGAAGUCAUCGCUGUUACUGUCGUGGACUCGUGGUUCCGGUGAAAUUUGGAAGAGCG